GGUCCUGCAGGAGUCAAAGAGAUCGCAAACAGCGAGCUUGAAACGAACGAGACGUUAGAGCACCUGGCCUUAGGUGAGAGCCUGAAGCCUCGCACGAGGCAGAGGCCUAACCAUGUCACCACCGAAGGUUUGCAAGCCUUGCUCAACGCGCUGGCACGCAAUGAAAGCCGGCGCUUGAGUUCGUUGGAGCUUUGCCACACUGCAUUGAGAGCAGAUGCUGGGAAGCCUUUGGCCGACUUUUUGGGGUCUGACUCGGUUCUGACAGCUUUGGAUGUGUCUGGAAAUGCACUAGCGUCUGAAGGUAUUUCCACCUUACUUCCAGCUUGUACGAAGCUAACGAAGCUGGACAUCGCUGACACCUCAUGCCGCGGUGAAUUGAUUCACACAAAGCUGUGCGAGCUGCUAGAGAAAACGCAGAAUCUCAAUUCCUUGUCGGUGGCCUACAACCUCUUGGAACCCAGGCCAUUGCGACGUAUCGCGCGAGCAUUGUCAUUUUGCCCUCCGCUAUUGGCCUUGAACAUGGCUGGCACCGCAAUGGAGACUGAAGGGGUCAUUGCUCUGGCAGAUGGCCUCAUCAACUCCCAAGUCAGCAGUUUGCGUGAGCUGGACAUCUCCGAGAACAGCAUCUCCGAGCUUGAAGCUGCCAUGCAUGUGGCCAAGAUCAUUGCCAAGACAAAUUUGCAAACACUCCGCCUCAACCGAAAUCCGCUUGGAGACGCAGGAGUGUGUGAGCUUGCUGAUGCACUGGGCUCUGAACCAUGUCCAGCCCUGCGAAGCUUGGAGCUGGGAAGCUGCCGAGUAGGAAAUUUGGGAGCAACAGUUCUGCUCCGGAGCUCAAGGCGCCACACGAAUAGCAUAGGUCAACAUCACCCGGCCGUCAAAGUGUGCAUUGUUGGAAAUUGAAAUGCAUUGAAGAAUGUAUACAUGUCCUCUCCAGAUGUUCAUUUCCGCGAGACGAUUUAUGUUCUUUGUUUGGUUUGGCCGAUGAUGCCGAUGGAUGAUUACGGAUGCCCCGGCCCCCUUUCAUACAUGUCUUUGUAGCGUCCUUGCUCCUAGUAGUAAGGCCAGGAGCCCCUAGUAGCGUUCCUGAUUGCGGUCUCCCCUCCCUUGCGCUCAUACAAAGUCAAGUUUCCUGAGAUUUCUGGCGAUAAGUCGUGAUGAUUGGCAGGCGCAUGCAGUCUGCACGAAUCUCACACGAGACGCUACACCGCAAAGCCUUUCAUGCCCGGCAAAACAGCGAAAGGGCGAGCAAACAACCGGCAACAAACCGCCAAUUAAAAACUUGCAUCAUCAGCGCGCCGAAAAGCUCAGAAAGCAUGAUACUGAUAUUAUUUGAUAAUUGAUCGGCUAACACCGACACCAGCUCAACGAAAGGAAGGGAGGUUUGUACAUUUCCUCAUGCUAUAUCAAUUUUUCAAGUGGGGGCAUGUCGCCCUACUUGUCUGCACUAGGGUGGACACUCCGAUCGAUGCAAACAAUCUUAGACAUUCUGAAAUGAAAUAUAACCAGCAUGUCUGCGACACAGGGGGCACUGGGCACACUGGGCAAGAUUCGGGGCCGAAUGUAUGCACUUCAUGGGGUACAACGGUGCAAUGAAACAAUUAUGGCGCAAAAUAAGAAAAUCGUGGGGGCUCUACAAAAAGGUUUGUGGGGUGAAUUGCGGCUUUAGAUUUAGGGGAGAACCGUAUGAAGCCAUAGGGGUAGGAACCAUGGGGGAGUUGCAGAUGGCGAUGGAGAGAGAGAUGGGGGAGCUCCGCUCCUCUCAACUCCAUUCAGGAGCUGCCUUUCGGGCUCAAGCCUCCCCUGCUUCUGGCUCGCAUGUUUGCCACCAAGUCACAACCUGGGUAGCAGAGCUCCCAAGCUCCCACGGUGUGCUGCACGCACUUUCAGAUGCUGCAUCCGCCAAGCACCUGUGUCCGAACUUCCCAAGGCGAUCGCCGCCGUGUUGUCGGACUGGCAAUCUCUUCCACCACAUCCCACUCUCUCCGAGGAUUACCGAGUCGAUCACCUCGAUCAACUCUGCCCCUGCCGUUGGGAGGGGUCAGAGUCCGGUGGGACCAGAGCGGGCGCAAGGGGGCUUACCGUGUCGGUCUUCGUGGGUUGCAUGAGUGCAGGGAACGGCCACUUGGAUGAUUUCCAAGCUAUAUCGGUGCUCCUCCAAGCAAGGUGAUGACGUGAGCGCCACUCGAUGACUCCAGCAUUCCAGUACCCUGCACAUGCAUUUUCUAGAUUCUGGGUGCUGUUCAUUCUAUACAUGAUGUUUCAUUUACUGUAACAUUUGCCCAGAUUUCGGCUUCUACAAUGGUUUGCGCUGACAUACCUCAUGAAUCUAAAGCAGGAUGUUGUUUGAAAGAAUUGGGCAUCCCCCAUUGGACAUACUCACUGGAAUUUCAGCGAUGGAUAUUUUUAAGAUAGUGUUCUUUGGCGCCUUCACCCAGGGUUUGCCGCCAGGGAAAACGAAGUGCUCCUCGCCUUGAAAUUGUCUGACAAUUUCUUGGAUGAUUCUUUGGAUAUCACAAUGGUGGAGGCGUUGCAGCACAUCCAGCACUUGCAGCUCGAAAGCA